GUAAAUACUGCUUGCUGUGUUUUGAUGUUGGUGGCUAAACUAAUCCAGUGUAUUGUGUUUGGCCCUCUUCGAGUGAGUGAGAGACAGCACCUCAAGGACAAGUUUUGGAAUUUUAUUUUCUACAAGUUCAUUUUCAUUUUUGGUGUGCUGAAUGUCCAAACAGUGGAAGAGGUGGUCAUGUGGUGCCUCUGGUUUGCUGGACUUGUAUUUCUGCAUCUGAUGGUUCAGCUCUGCAAGGACCGGUUUGAAUAUCUCUCCUUUUCCCCCACCACACCCAUGAGCAGCCAUGGGCGAGUGCUGUCUCUGUUGAUCGCGAUGCUGCUUUCUUGCUGUGGAUUAGCAGUUGUCUGCUGUGUCACAGGCUACACCCACGGGAUGCAUACACUGGCUUUCAUGGCAGCAGAGUCUCUUCUUGUGACAGUGAGGACCGCUCAUGUGAUUUUACGAUAUGUAAUUCACCUCUGGGACCUCAACCAUGAAGGGACAUGGGAAGGAAAAGGAACCUAUGUCUAUUACACAGAUUUUGUCAUGGAACUCACUCUCUUGUCCCUGGACCUCAUGCAUCAUAUUCACAUGUUGUUAUUUGGCAACAUCUGGUUAUCCAUGGCCAGCUUGGUCAUCUUUAUGCAGCUACGUUACCUAUUCCACGAAGUGCAGCGUCGGAUCCGGCGACACAAGAACUACUUGCGUGUGGUUGGGAACAUGGAAGCCAGGUUUGCGGUUGCAACUCCAGAGGAGCUGGCUGUCAAUAAUGACGACUGUGCCAUCUGCUGGGACUCCAUGCAGGCCGCGAGGAAACUGCCCUGUGGACAUCUUUUCCACAACUCCUGCCUUCGUUCCUGGCUAGAACAAGACACCUCCUGCCCAACAUGCAGAAUGUCUCUUAAUAUCGCUGACAAUAACCGGGUCCGGGAGGACCAUCAAGGAGAGAACUUGGAUGAGAAUUUGGUUCCUGUGGCAGCCGCUGAAGGCCGCCCUCGCUUAAACCAACACAAUCACUUCUUCCACUUUGAUGGGUCCCGGAUCGCAAGUUGGCUGCCGAGUUUCUCCGUCGAGGUGAUGCACACCACCAACAUCCUAGGAAUUACACAGGCGAGCAACUCCCAGCUGAAUGCGAUGGCUCAUCAGAUUCAAGAAAUGUUUCCCCAGGUGCCAUACCACCUGGUGCUGCAGGACCUCCAGCUGACACGCUCGGUAGAAAUAACAACGGACAACAUUUUAGAAGGACGGAUUCAAGUACCUUUUCCCACACAGCGCUCAGAUGGCAUCAGGCCUGCACUGAACAGUCCUGUAGAAAGGCCAAACGGAGACCAGGAGGAGGGAGAAGCUUCUGUGCAGACCGAGCGUGUGCCCCUAGACCUCAGUCCUCGGCUGGAGGAGGCCUUGGACUUCAGCGAGGUGGAGGCGGAGCCUGGCGAGGGCGAGGACUUUGAGGCCCGGGGGAGCCGCUUCUCCAAGUCUGCGGACGAGAGGCAGCGCAUGCUGGUCCAGCGGAAGGAUGACCUCCUGCAGCAGGCUCGCAAGUAA